AUGAGCAACUUGAAGAUUAGUCCUGGCGCCAUGAACAAUAUUCCUCCGUUUCCAGAUUCAAAUAACCAUGGCUCCAGUAGCACUGAAGAGAGUGGCGGAAUCAACAUUAGAAUCAUCUCCAAGGAAGCUAUAAAACCAGCAUCUGCGACUCCUGAUCACUUGGGAAUCCACAAGCUAUCCAUCCUGGAUCAGCUUAGUCCUCAUAUGUAUGCAAAUCCAUUAAUUUUUUUCUACUCUAACAACAAACAGAGCAGCAGAAACGUUGACAAUGUUAUUGCAGAAAGAAGGGAAUUUCUGAGGCGAUCGCUUUCAGAAGCUUUGAUUCAGUUCUAUCCACUCGCAGGAAAAAUAACGGAUAAUCUGCAUGUGCAAUGUAAUGAUGAUGGAGUAUACUACGUUGAAGCCCAAGUUCAGACUUCCCUGAAUAAAUUCCUUGAAAACCCAGAGAAUCAGUUGAUUAAUCAGUUGUUUCCGUAUGAUCCCAGUUCAUCAGAACUGUUGUCCGAAACUCGUCUUAUGUUAAUUCAAGUGAGCUUCUUCAACUGCGGUGGAUUUUCAGUUGGUGUUUACAUAUCACACAAGGUUGGAGAUGCACUCAGUCUAAUGACAUUUAUCAAAGAAUGGGCGACCAAAGCCUUCCAGCAUUCCUCCAAUUCUUCAUCAUCAGAAUCAGGAUCAGACCAAGCAAUCCAUCCCACCUUCGUUUCGCCUUUUGUUUUUCCACCUGAUCCCAAUUUGCGUAAUGAUUCGUACUUGGUCGCACCCAAAUUAGUAAAGGAGGACGACUAUGUCACAAGGAGACUCGUGUUCAGCAGCGAGGCCAUCGCGAGGCUCAAAUCCAAAGCGAUGGCGAACAAUUCGAGUUCUGUUACCGCAAUUAUGGGAGCUCUGUGGAAAGCAUACAUAGAAACUUCAUAUGCCUGCCUAAGUCCAAUUCCAAAGAACUUCAUUCUGACUGUUCAGGUGAACUUACGGCAAAGGAAUUCGCCACCAUUACCAGUUCAUUCUUUUGGCAAUAUAUUCUGGAUGGCAUUUGCUAAGUACCAGAAUUCAGAUGUACUGGAAUUGCAGUCAUUGGUGAAUGAGAUAAAGAGGGCCAUUGGAACUAUUGACAGUGGUUUUUUACAAGACAUAAAAGGUGAAAAUAAGGUGGCCAAACUGAUGGGUCCAUUGAAAGAUUUGAGAGAAUUUUGCUCCAUUAACAAGGUUGGAUCUUUUGCAAUCACAAGUCUGUGUAAAAUUGGUGUAUAUGAUGCUGAUUUUGGAUGGGGAAAACCCAUAUGGUCAAGCGUUGGAAGUAGAAGAACAAAUAUUUAUGGACUGAAGAAUCUGGCACUCCUAAUGGAUACAAGAUCAGGUGAUGGUAUUGAAGCUUUGGUGACUUUAAAAGGAGAAGAGAUGGCAAUCUUUGAGAAAAAUAUGGAGCUUCUGACUUAUGCUUCUUUGAAUCCCAGUCAUCUUUGA